CCAUGUGCGCCCCGGGGCUGCUCUGCCGCCUCCUCCUCCUCCUCUCGCUGCUGGGAGCGGCCCCCGGCACCGGAGCGGCCCCGCCGGGACGGCCCCGCGCCCGCCGCGGACUCACCUACCCCGGGACGCUGUGGUGCGGCGCGGGCAGCAACGCGGAUGCCUACGAGCAGCUGGGGGAGCACAGGGACACAGACCGGUGCUGCCGCGACCACGACCACUGCCAGCACGUCAUCCACCCCUUCACCUCCCGCUACGGGUACCGCAACCUGCGCUGGCACACCAUCAGCCACUGCGACUGCGACCGGCGGUUGAAGGAGUGCCUGCAGCGAGUGAACGACACGGCCUCGCGGGUGGUGGGCCAGGCCUUCUUCAAUGUCAUCCAGGUGCCCUGCUUCGAGUUCGCCUACAAGGAGGAGUGCGUGGAACCCUACCUCUACGUCUGGUGCAAGGCGUACAACACGGUGGCCAUCGCUGUCCCCAGGGAGCCGGUGCUGUACGAUUUUGGGGGGGAACUCAUUGACCGGGCAGCAAGGCCUGGGGGGGUCCUGCUGAGCCCCCCGUGGAGCAGCACAGGUGAAGGAGCCAUCCCAGUGGAGUAUCGUGUGCCUGCCCACCCGCUGUCCCCCCCCAAGGCAGCCAAGAGGCAGAGGAAGGGGAGGAAGAAAGAUCAGAAAAAGAAGGGGAAAGGCUUGAAAAAGAAAGGUUCUUCUGAAGAUGGGGAGCUGAACCAUCCUGCAGCCACUGACCCCGUGGGGCAGGACCCACAGUCCCCACUGCUGGACUCAGAAGCAGCCAACACCAUCCUGAGUAAGAGCCCAGCACAGCAGGGCUGGGACAGGGAGAUGGCCCCAGUCCCAGUCUCCCCAGCCCCUGUCUCCACUGCCAGUGGGAAGAGGAGGAGGAAGGAGAGAAACAGAAAGAAGAGGCUGAAAGGCAAAGCUGGGGCAGAGCCCUGAGUCCCCCCAUGGGUCUUGGCUGUGUAAUAAAGUUGGUUGCUUGAGCAGA